CGCCGCCGGGCUGUCGUGGAGUGACAAAGAGGAUACAAAAUUUCCCGCGGAAAAGUUCCACUCUCCACAGCAGCAGCGCCUUAAUAACUUAAUAACUGGAGAAAUGGCUGGUGUACUGGACGUCCCGAAGACGAGGGUAAACUGCUCCAUGCUGGCGCAGAAUAUUAAUCAAGCGGUCUGCUUCGUUGGGCGAGUUGGAAAGGUUCAUCCGAAUGGAAAAACGUUCACAGUGUUGGAUGGAGAAGGAAAGACGGCGACUAUUGAACUCAACAUGGUUCUUGAUGAAGAGCUGAGUGGCGUUGUGGAGGUCAUCGGUAUGGUGUCCAACAAAGGAGCAGUCAUGGCCACCGCAUACAACAUCCUCCGGGAAGACAAGGGCAUUCCUUUUGAUCUGGAGCUGUACAACGAAGCCCUGAAGGUGAUCCAGGAUUUCCCCCAGCACUACCCCUUUCAGGUGGCUUCAAGUGGAUGAAACUUGUAUCUGAAUAACAUUUGUCUUUGCCUAAUUUCUGUUGUAAAGUUUGUAUUAAAGAAAUAGAGUAAAAUUAGC